UGAGCUGAAACUUCACAGACACCUUCAUGGGACACCUUAGACUUAUAUUACAUCUUGUGAAAAAGGGUUCUAGGGCACCUUUAAGUGAAAUUUGUGAAAAAUAACCUAAUAAUUAUAAAUCAAACAGCUUAUUCGUAAGUCUUGUGGAAUAAACAUAAGACAUUAGCCUGACCACUUUGCAAUGAUAACAUUCUCCCGCUUAUAUUUUUAGCGUGCCAAGCUACUCCAUGUUGCCUUUAAUCAUCUUGUUUUACGAUCAAAUAUAUGCAUUAUGAACAAAGAACCGUCAUUAUUUCCAAGCAAUGAUGUGCUGAGUUAGCUAGCUAGCUAACUUUCCUGUCAGAUUGUCCUACCCGGGCUUACUGCAUGUGCGCACAUCAAUAUUACAUCAUUGUUGUCAUGAUAAAUAACACCAAAUUACUGUAUUUGCAUUAUUGUAAGGGUAGGUUUUGUGUUGGGGUAGAUGUAGACAAUAAUAAAGCACAAUCUGAUAAGUAGCAUUUUUCGCUAUCGAUAUAUACUUGUUCUAAUGAUUAAUGCUAUAUCAUAUUGUGCUACCACUACUGUACUUGCAUUAUUAUAAGGGUAGGUUUAGGUGUAGAUGUUAAUAAGGCCAUAAACCACGUUAAUAUCAUGCUGGAAGCACAAUCUGAUGGGUAAUGUUUGCAUUUUUCGCUGUCAGAUUUUGCUACCUACUGUUUCAAUGGGAGGUAGCAAAAUCGGACAGGGUAGCACAAAUUGUCAGAACACCGGCAUUUCUCCCCUUGGGUUUUAAGUUUCGGGAAGGGAAAAAAAUGUCCGAUUUUGCUACCUCCCAUUGAAACAGAAGGUAGCAAAAUCUGACAAACUAAUAAAAUUAGUUAUCUCAUUUAGGACUUUACAGAGAAUUUCCACCUGAUGCAAAAGGGGUUAAAAGUGUUGAUAAGGUUACUGUGAAAGCAGGUUUACAUUCUUACUAAGGCUCAGGGCUGCAAAUUGAAAGGCUGUUGGUUUGAGUCUCAUAAGGCUAUCACCAUAACAAUUUCCUUAAGUCAUGGUUGCUGAUAUUUUUUGUUUUUGCCUACAGUGUGGUAAGUAAUGAACUUCCUGCUGGACAGGGCACAUACCAAAUCCGCAUGAUACCCUACCAUGAUGCACAGUUUACUAUUCCAUAUGAUGAGGAGCAAGUGCAAGUGAACCAGCAGAUGUAUGUGGCUGUUAAGGUGGAAGGAGUGGAUAGAAAUCAAAUCGCAACAGUUCUGGACAACUGCUGGGCCACACCAGUUAAUGAUGCUGGAUAUCAUAUUCGCUGGAAUCUAAUUAGUAGAGAAUGUCCAAACCCUGAAGAUGCCGCAGUGGAAGUUCUUCAGAAUGGUAUUGAUACAACAAGCCAUUUCUCCUUCAGGAUAUUGACCUUCUCAGGGAUUUCUGACCACAUCUUCCUGCACUGUGAGGUUCAUCUUUGCCUUGUACAGAACGGCCGAUGUGCACUGUUAUGCAACCAUGGAUAUAGAACUAAAAGGCAGAGAUCUUUGGACUUCCUCUACUCUGCAGCAAUCUCCAUUGGUCUGAAAGCUCAGUAAACCUGAAAAAUAAAAGAGCCUGCAAUUU